AUGCGGAUAAUAGGAACGAAUUUAUUAACAAACUUAUUAUCUUUGCUAUUUGCAAUUAUAUUAUGUGUGUUUCCAUUAUAUACAACUGCACAAAAUACAAAUGUAAGAAUAUUUGCCCAUGAAGAAACAAUAGAUUAUGGAAAGGACUCAUUACCUCGUGUAUGGAGACAACGCGUGUACGAUGAUGGCACAACAGUAGUUAGAAUUGUUAGAAGAAAUCCUGCAAUUCAAGGAGUUUGUUUGAUUGAAAAGCUUUUUUUAAGAAUCAUCCAUCUUGAUGGAACGGUUGAAGAAAAAGAUAUUGAUUUAGGAAUUCAACCAUUUAACUAUUGUAUAUUUACUUCUGAUAAUGCAGGUGUAAUUGGGACAAAUGUAGAAUUUUUAGAUUAUCAUUUGAUUCGAAAAAAUCAAAUUUUAGUUACUUACCAUAAUGCAACAGAUAUUAAUGAUUAUUAUACAUAUGAAGAGUGGGGAAUGAUAAUCAAUUUUGAUGGUAAAGUAUUGAAUAGAACUCCAUUUGGAUUCGCUUUCGUUGAACCAGUUACUCAAAAACUUAUACCAAAUAGUGAGAUAAAAUUAAAUGUUAAUCCGGAAAAGGGAUUUCUCAGAAUUGCUUCCGUUAGAAAUACAACUAAUGCAGAAUGGCAACAAUAUUUAGUUGAACCUGAUGGAGUGAUUACAAAAUUAACUAGCGGAAUGCUUGGAUUUGAAAAUUUUAAUAGUUUAAUGUCAACUGUUAUCUCAACAGUUGAUGAAGGUUACGCUAUUGUAUUUGCGAAUACAUCAAGUACAGGAUUUAAAGAAUCGGAUCCAUUAUCACCAUUGGGUCUAUUAUUUGUUUUACCUAUUGGAUAUAAUCAAUUGCCGGUUGCACCUUUAGCACUUUAUCAAACUUCCGUACAAGUUAAUUUUACUUCUUUAUUUUGUGAUAUCUUAUCCGUUGGAGUUGGUCAAGUUUGUACUUUGACUGCAAAACAAAAAGAUCCUGCAACUUUACAAGACAAUGUUUUUUACAUUAAAGUUAAUUUCUUAUCCUCCGGAUCAGUUACUUCUUUUAAAGUUAUAAAUCGAUUAUUUCCCGCUAUCAAGGAACCUGCCAUUAUAGGUGUAGAUUGGGUAGUAGCCAGUUUACCAUAUGGUGGAUAUCUUUUAUCAAAUACUUUUAAAACUACAGGAGUUCAAGGAACUUUAAUUUAUGGGUUUUUGUUUGGAGAAGAUGAUGCAAAUUAUCUAGCUUGGAAUUUAGAAGAACCUCAACCAUCUAAUACAAAAGGAGUAUUUUCAGUCUUAAAGAAUAAUAAUACUUUAAUGAUGGCUCAAUUUGAAACUACUAAUAGCUGGUCAUUUAAUGUAAUUGAUUUGCCUAAAUUCUCUGAUAGAGAUAAUGGAAAGAAAGAAACCUUUGCUUCUUCAACAUCCGGUCUAGUUCGUUUAACCGUUGAGGGUACCAAAUUUUAUGAUAAUUUAUCUUCUGAAGAACAAGCCAAAUUUUUCGAUACGUUAUUAAUAGAAUUGGCUGCUUCUGUUCCUGUAUCUCCAUCACGUCUUCAUUCAAAUAAGAAGAUACAACCAGACAAUAGUCUAAAUGACCAUCCAUAUUUUAUUUCUAUUGGUAUUGAAGAAACUGAGGGCGGGAAUGAGAAAAGUGUUGAAUCUAUUAUUAAAAUUCUUCAAACUAUGAUUAAUCAUAAAGAUCAAACUCCAAUUGGAUUCGGUGAUGCCAGUAAAUAUUUAGACUCCUCUUAUGGUUUUAAUCCUUCACCGGAUUUAUGGGACAAAUACAAAUAUAGAUUAUUAGGCGUAUUCUUAGUUAUUGGGCUUUUAAUUGUUUUAUUCUUAUUUGCUCAAAGAAGAGACAGCAAGAUUUAUUAUAGAAUCAAUACUGUGACUUAUGAUAUUAUCCCAUUACUUACGUUAAUUUCUUCAGCACUAAAUUUAACAAUAAAUAUAAUAGGUAGAUUAUAUCAAGCAACAAAUCGUGUACGUCAUGGAAAGAAUAAUAAUUCAAAUACUUCAGAUGAAGAAUUUGGUGGUUUAGAUAAAAUCACCUCUAAAGAAGUACCAAAUUCAGUUUCUGAAAGAAAUUAUUUAGGUGAUGGAUUAAAAUUAGAUAAUCCUGAAGAAUCGUCUAAUAAUUCAAAAAAUAAUCAAG